AUAAGUAUACGCCGGUAUUUACGACUUUAAGCGUGCCCAACGCCACUAGGGCACAUUUAUAUACGCUACUACUUGCUACAUGUUGUUAGCUGUUAGCUGUGUGCUAGCAUGACAAUGAAGAUGGCGACUAUAGCUGCUUUGAAACACUUUGACGUGGCAAAAGAGACUUUAAUGGAGCUGCCUGCGCUGAACAAAGCCUCAGUGUUGGUCCCUCUGUUUGUAAGAAGCGGGAAGCUGCAUACUCUGAUGACUUUACGUUCUAAAGAGCUAAGGACCAGUGGAGGCGAGGUGUGUUUUCCUGGUGGUAAACAAGAGGCAGGUGACAAAGAUGAAGUGGACACAGCCCUGAGAGAAGCUGAAGAGGAGAUUGGUUUACUUCCUGCUGAUGUCCACGUCGUCUGCAGGUUGCAUCCCAUCAUCAGUAAGGUACAAGAAUACUUUAACCAGGUGCUGGUGACCCCGGUGGUGGGCUUCAUCCAGGAGUCCUUCAGGCCCAGACCAAACCCUGCUGAGGUCAGCGCUGCCUUCACGGUCCCCUUGGACCUCUUCACUCUGGACCAAGACCACCUGGGAGACCCCCGUGCCGCACGGGCCCCGGUGCCGACCUUGUCCUUCUACUUUACCGACCCCCGCACGGGAGCCGAGUACCACAUUUGGGGUCUGACCGCCAUGGUGGCCCUCAUAGUCGCCGCCAUCGCUCGUAAGACCUCGCCUGAGUCGGACGUGGGCGUCCGUGCGGAGGAGCUGCAAGUCAUGCUCAGACGACACCUGGAGGAGAGGAGGAGUAAACUCUGAUGUAGUUGUUGACUAAUGUAGGAAGAAGUAAUAUCCUUAAAGUUACAGGAGAGUAAAUCAGACAAAUUAAUUAUCCAACCUCCGAGGACAAAGCAACCAACAAUGGGAGACCGGGCUUUCUGCUCCACCACUCCCAGUCUCUGGAACGCUCUCCCUGACCACCUGAGGGCACCACAGACUGUGGAUGCUUUUAAAAAAGGCUUAAAAACCCUUCUUUUUAAAAAAGCCUUUUUUUAGAUGAAAAAUAGGUCUGGCUAUUAGGCUGUUCUAGUUUUUAUUUUAACUGUUUUUAUUAUCUUUUUCUUUUUAGGGACCGAAUGUCCCUUUGGCACAGAGGACCUAUUGUAUUUCUAAGGUUUUAUUAUUACUAUACCGCCGCCUCUUUGAGCUAUAAUUUGACCCCCUUAACAUGCUUCAAAACUCACCAAACUGGACACACACAUCAGGACUGGCGAAAAUUGCGAUCUAAUAAAAAAAACAAACCCCAAAACUGCGUUCUAGCGCCCCCUAGGAAGAAAACACAGACAAAACUGCCUGUAACUUCCAGUAGGAAUGUCGUAGAGACAUGAAACAAAAACCUCUAUGUGGGUCUCACUUAGACCUAGAUUUCAUACACUAACAUCCUUCAGCAAAAAUCAACAGGAAGUUGGCAAUUCCCCCUUCAAAACAAAAGUUUUGUAAAAACAGUCACCUUUGCCCCUUUGAGCUGUAAUUUGAGCCCCUUAACAUGCUUCAAAACUCACCAAACUGGACACACACAUCAGGACUGGCGAAAAUUGCGAUCUAAUAAAAAAACAAACACCAAAACUCAAAAUUGCGCUCUAGCGCCCCCUAGGAAGAAAACACAGACAAAACUGCUCCUAGGUAGAAAACAGACAAAACUGCCUGUAACUUCCAGUACGAAUGUCGUAGAGACAUGAAAAUAAAACCUCUAUGUAGGUCUCACUUAGACCUACAUUUCAUAUAUUGACAACCCCCAGCAAAAAUCAACGGGAAGUUUGCAAUUCCCCCUUCAAAAUAAAAGUUGGGUCAAAACAGUCACCUUUGCCCCUUUGAGCUGUAAUUUGACCCCCUUAACAUGCUUCAAAACUCACCAAACUGGACACACACAUCAGGACUGGCGAAAAUUGCGAUCUAAUAAAAAACCAAACCCCAAAACUCAAAAUUGCGCUCUAGCGCCCCCUAGGAAGAAAACACAGACAAAACUGCUCCUAGGAAGAAAACACAGACAAAACUGCCUGUAAUGUAACUUCCAGUACGAAUGUCAUAGAGACAUGAAACAAAAACCUCUAUGUAGGUCUCACUUAGACCUACAUUUCAUAUAUUGACAACCCCCAGCAAAAAUCAACGGGAAGUUUGCAAUUCCCCCUUCAAAAUAAAAGUUGGGUCAAAACAGUCACCUUUGCCCCUUUGAGCUGUAAUUUGACCCCCUUAACAUGCUUCAAAACUCACCAAACUGGACACACACAUCAGGACUGGUGAAAAUUGCGAUCUAAUAAAAAAACCAAACCCCAAAACUCAAAAUUGCGCUCUAGCGCCCCCUAGGAAGAAAACACAGACAAAACUGCUCCUAGGAAGAAAACACAGACAAAACUGCCUGUAAUGUAACUUCCAGUACGAAUGUCAUAGAGACAUGAAACAAAAACCUCUAUGUAGGUCUCACUUAGACCUACAUUUCAUAUAUUGACAACCCCUAGCAAAAAUCAACAGGAAGUUUGCAAUUCCCCCUUCAAAAUAAAAGUUGGGUCAAAACAGUCACCUUUUUUUAAACAUUAUCUCCUCUGAGCAUGUUUGUCGUGUCGGCUUCAAACUAGCACAGGAGAGAGAUUGAACCUUUCUGAUUAAAAGUUGAUGAAAGAGUUUUAAUUACUGCUCCGGUUUGGAUUUUAUGAGCCUUCAAAGUCUGUCCGUCCAUCGCUGCUUGCAGCUUUAAUUAUGAAUUUAUUUUGUUAAUACACUGUCGCACUUUGAGGUUGUUUGCUCAAUGUAAAGUGCUUUUUACAAAUGAAAUGUAUUAUAACAUCUAUUUUUACACGUAUAUAACUAUAGCUUAUAAAACAUGCAUACUUAAGUAGAGUGGAAAUACAAGUUGACUUUAUACGCGUAUUUGUGUUUCAUUGUAUCUGAUUGUGUUUACACACACAAACUAUGUGAAAAUACGGUUUAAACAUCACAAAGUGCCACAAAUUCAGUCAGCCAUUUUGAAUAUUGCCUUCUGAAUAUCUUAUUUCUGUAGAUUCUAUGUCACUUCUGCACUCUGACCAUAUUAUUAGGGCAGUCAUACUGGAAAUAUGCAACAAUUAGAUAGCAAUGGGUUGUUUAUCAUUCACAAUCCUUAUGUAAGAACACCUUUUAUGCAUUCUAAAUGGCAAAUAAAUAUUGAGUCAACAGAUGCAGAGUCUUGUCAUUAUAAUCCAUUUACAUGUUGUGUCUUUAGGUGACAUAAAUCAGAUAAAUAUCAUAUUUCAAUAUAGAGGACACUUGAUUUUACACUGUACUGCUACUUUAAUAUUAUGAGAUCCAUUAAGACAUGAACUGACACUUUUAGUCACCUUUACACUCUUUGAAGUCAAUGUAGUCAUGUUGUCUGAGGCUGGGCCAAUCACAAUGGAGUCAUGUUGUCUGAGGCUGGGCCAAUCAGGGGUCACCAUACUGAGAAGUGAAGCUGCAAACUCCAAAGUGCAAUGUGAGAGACAACAUGUCUGCAUAUUGGAAUAUGUAGGAAAAUAAAGUAUAACUACAGUACAACCUCUUUUAUAUAUAUUUAAGAAAAUGAAGUAAAACUACAAUACAUCCAAAACUUUUUUUUAUAUUUAAGAAAAUAAAGUAAAAUUACAAUACAUCCAAAACUUUUUUAAAUUUAAGAAAAUAAAGUAAAACUACAAUACAUCCAAAACUUUUUUAAAUUUAAGAAAAUAAAGUAAAACUACAAUACAUCCAAAACUUUUUUAAAUUUAAGAAAAUAAAGUAAAACUACAAU